AUGGGGAGGAGAAAAAUUGAAAUUGAACCUUUAACAGAUGAGAGGAAUAGGACAGUAACAUUUGUCAAACGUAAAGCCGGGCUUUUCAAGAAGGCAUACGAGCUAGCAGUGCUAUGUCAAGUAGAUCUUUCGGUGAUUAUAGUUGGUAAUAACAAUAAGAUAUAUGAAUUUUCCACUGUGGACUCAAGGGAGAUUUUCAAUAGUUAUAAUCAAGUUAUCAAAAAUAGGAAACAGGUAAACGAAUCCAAAUCGCCGGAAAAUUACCUGAAUUAUAGGAAAAAGACAAAAUUGCAUGAUCCACUUACUAAUAAAAAAGGUCAAAUCGUUGGAACAAAGACGUAUUUGAAUGAUGAAUUUAGAGAUGAGAAAACAAAUAAUGGUAAAGGUAAGAGAGUAGAGAAAAAAAAGCAUGUAAAGAGAGGCGGAGAAGAAGAAGAAGAAGAAGAGGAUGAUGAUGAUGAUGAUGACGACGACGACGACGAGGAGGUGGUGGGGGAAGGGGAAGAUAAGGAAGAAACUGACAAUUUCUCAGAUCCAGGAUCAAUUACAAGAGUGGGUAAACGGAAAAUACAGCAUCGACGAAUCCAAAGCGAAGGUCGAAAUUUAAAUCCCAGGAUUUUCAAUAGCAAGAAACCUGCACCAUCACCACCUCCACCACAUAUAUCACUUAUUAAUGUUCCUACAUUCAACAAGUACAAGAAACCUAAAUUGGAAGAGAUGAGAUCGCAAGACUCGCCUUCACCACUGAACAGGAAGGAAGGAACUUUUAGACCUAUACUACGAGUUCAAAUACCGACUGAUGCAAAAAGUGGCAACACUAGUAACAAUAAUAAUAGCAAUAAUAACAAUAACAAUAACAACAACAAUAACAAUAAUAAUAAUAAUAAUACCACUGACAACAACGUCAAUGCCAAUGCUAACACCAACGCCAACGUCAAUAACAACAACAAUAAUAAUAACAACGUCACCGCCACCACCGUCAACACACAUUUUGACAUUCAAAAUAAGAGUGCUAGUCAGGAUACGGCGAGAACUAUUACAGCCAUUGACAAUAGUACUUCAUCAAUACAACAUUCAUCUUCAUCGAUUACAAGCUCAAGUCGCGGAGGCAUCAACAACAGCAGCCGACAUAUAAUCGGACACCAUGAGGAAGAUAUCACCAAUAAUGGCAACCAAUACGCCUCAACGCAUUUAUUACCUACAAUGCCACAAACCAAAUUCAGCGGAUAUUCAUCAUUUAGAUCUCCUGACACAAAAAAGCCGACAUUACCGUUGCCUAUCAAAACCAAGUCGCAAACAUCUUCACCAACAAGUGAAAAUGCUCUGGGGAUGCCUACUGCUCUAAGCCAUUCAAGUAGCGGUAACAGCAAUAUCGGCAACCUCCAAGCAUCAUCCAUUAUUAAUAACAGCAAUAAUGUCAAUGUAUUAGGAACAGGUGCCAAUAACGGUAAUAAUAGUGGUGGUAGUGGUCCUGCUGCUGCUGCUGCUGCUGCUGCUGCUGCUGCUAUGGGUUAUAAUCAGCCCAAUUUACCCAAUACUAAUGCAAAUAUUUUUUACUCGAUGCAUCAAAGCUCCCCAAACAAUGCGUUUAUGACAUAUCCUACACAAGCAUACAAUUCGCAAUUUCAUCAAUUUCCCAAUACACAAACCGGAACUUCUCAAAUCCAGCAGCAACCACAGCAGCAACAACCACAGCAGCAACAGCAACAGCAACAACAGCCGCGUCAACAAACUUAUUCUCAAAGUGCCACAGUCUCCAAUAAUGGAAUUGGUAUCGGUAUGAAUACGCCCGGCCAGCCGGAAUCGGCCGUUAGAUUCCGUAUACCAGGCACGUUUUCAAGCCAACAAUUUACCAGCAGUAAUACAGGUGAACAAACGCCAAUCUCGGGACUACCUUCAAGAUACGUGAAUGAUAUGUUUCCAUUUCCUUCACCUUCGAAUUUCUUGGGUCCUCAAGAUUGGACUACGGGUGCAACGCCAACUACAUCUAAUGUACCUCAAUUUUUUGUGAAUAUGAAUAACAUGAUCCCUCAAAGUGCAGGAGGAGGAGGAGGAGGAGGAGGAACCAAUCAUGCACCAUCAUCACAACAGCAGCAGCAGAAUCAGCAAUCUACUCCAUUACUGCAGCAUCAGACUCACAUUUCCGCACAAAACACGACACUGCAAUUUGGUAAUUCUGUGUCAGGUACACCUAUUUAUAAAACACAUAUAUCUCCUAUGAUAUAUUCACAGUUGAGUAGCCAACCAUCGCAGGUUGAGAAAAUAUCGGAAGAAGAAGAUGAUGGAAAAGACAAGGGUGGACAACAAGAUCAAGAGGAGGAGGAAGAAGAAGAAGAAGAAGAAGUCGAUGAUGAUGAUGAUGAUGAGGAGGGGAUGAGGACCAAUGCAACUCGAGUGGCUGUUCAAUCUGAUAUUAAAGGUAGCACUAUUGGAUGA